AUGGCGGAGCGAGAUCGGGCUCGCCAGUCCGCCGUCCGUCGAGAGCGGCAGCGUGACGUCGCCCUCGCCGAGCGUGACCAAGCGCGUCGGGACUUCGCGGCGCUCGAGCAGGAGCGCGACGCAGUCGUCGUGGAGCGCGAUCAGGCUCGACAGGUGUCCCUCGCUCUGGAGCAAACUCGUGACGCUGCAACCCGUGAGCGCGACCAGGCACGUCAAGCUCAGGCGAGAGCUGAACAGCAGCGCGAUGCUCUGGUCGAGGAUCUCCGCGUCACUCGCAACUCACUUGCUCAGAGUCGGGCUGAGACCGAGUCUGCCCAGCGGAUGAACGACCCGUUGCAAGCCGACGUCCGGCGUGUGAAUGCGUUGCUGGUUGCCCACGCCGAGGAGCUCCAGCGCGAGACGGCUCGCAUACGCGAAUUGGAGACGACAGCCGCGACUGCCUCGACGGCACGCGUGGUCGCAGAAGCGGAGACAGCCCGGGCCCAGGCUAAUGAGCUGCAAGCUGUCUCGCGAUCCGGGCAGUAUCGCACCGGCUGGUUAGCCAUGCGGCGUCGGUUGCUGCAGCAGAGCGAUGCGGCCGGCGCCCACAUCCGCCGUCUGAGUGUCCGCGUCGCCGACCUGGCUGACGAACGCGAUCUAGCGGUCCGGGAGCGGGGCGAGCGUGCGAUGGCCUGGAGACGCAUGCUCCGAGACGCGCGUCGGAGCCGAGAGUUGGCUCAGCGCGUGCGCGACGACCUGGCCGGCAAACUGGCCAGCUCCGUUUCGUCGGUAGGAGGGACCAUCGACACCGCCGGCCUGAUCCGCCGCCUCGAGGCUACCUACGCAGCGGAAGCGAACGCUGCCGUCCCCCUUCCUCCCGCCGAUCCCGCCGGGGCCACGCCAAUGGCCGUGUCCGUCGCGUCGCCCCCUGCUGUUGUCGCCGGGCCGUCCGCGUUAGCCCCUAGCUCAGACACCGUGCCUUCGUCGAGUGAUUCGACUCAGCAGCCGUCUUCCUCUGUCUGUACUCCGGCUCCUCUUCAGGUUCCGGUGUCUUCCUCAGCUCCAUCAUUGUCGGGCACACGUCGGCCUCGACCCAGUGGAGCCAGGCCUUCGGGCUCUCGGCACCCUUCUUCGAGCUGCGUGGGGCUCCCGGCGACCUCCACGUCGAGUUCUUCGCCGCGGCGUCGGAGCCAGCGGGCUUCUACAAGGGCUGACACAGCAGCCUCGAACAGUGCUGCCGCACAAGCUUCCCCUGUCACGUCGCUGUCGGCGGCGGCUGUGGCUGCGGCCGCGGCGCGUGCUCGUGCAGACGCGUCUCUCUUCGGUUCAGAGUCCUCGGAGACCAAAACGCCGUCGUUUGCGAAACCCUUCUUCCCGCUCGCGUUCUUCGCCGCGUUCACGUUCUCGAUCGACUUCGCGUCCGCGCUCCCGUCCGGCUUCGACGUCGCGUUCGGCGUCGCCUUCCCGCUCGGCUUCGCGUUCAUCGUCGAGUUCCUCGUCGCGCUCAUCUGCCCCCGCGCGCCUGUUCCCAAACCGGCGAACUGGAACCGGGCCUUGGUGACACGUGCCAACGUCGACGCGUUGUACGCCACGCGGCCCUGGCGCUACUUGGCUCAGGAAGUGGGGUCGGUGCUGUUCGCGUCGGGCGACGCCGCGUUCCAGCCGUUCAUGCGUCGACUUCGGCACCACGUCGAGCGCUGGGCACAGGCGUACGGGGAGUCUACUCACGAGCUCCAUGUGCCUGGCGCUGCAUGGCGGUCGUGGCGUUCGUCUCGGAACUCCCGUCGGUCGCACGCAGGCGACCACCUGAACAGUCUCCUCCAGCUGGUGGUCGACUUGUUUCGCCGUGGACUCGCCGACAUGGACUUGCAUCUGGACCCCGCGGUUCUUCACUUUCCACCGGCGCACUCACGAAUCGGACGGUGGUUUCCGGGCAUUCAGCACACGACGCUGCAGGAAGCGCUCGACGACGUUGACGUCCAGGAGCCUUGGCGUCGCUUCCACCGAACGCCGCUCACCGUCGCGCAGAUGGAUGCCAACGUGCGUUGUCGCGUGACGCGUGCCCACCACGCUUACCUCGUGCCUCGCCUUGCUGGCAAGUUCGUCCAGCAGGUUUGCGCGUAG